AUGAAUGCGCUCUCCGCCGACGAGAUGGAGCGCUUCCAGAAGCUGUCCAACAACUACCAGCCCGAAGUCCAGGGUCCCCUUGUCUCAAUAAAACAGUCUAGCCACAGCAUCGCCUUGGAUUACUCGAAUGCGGAUCCUACUCUAGCUACAAAGACGAAUGCGCUUUCUAUCACCCAUCCCGAAUGCCGGAUCAUGAAAGGCGACGGGAAUUGUGGUUGGAGAGCUGUGGCAUUUGGUUAUUUCGAGACCCUCUUCACCCUCAGAGACACGCUCCGUAUUGAAACCGAGAUCCAGAGAAUGAAGGCUCUUACUUCGCUUUUGGAACGGGUCGGUCUGUCGGAUUCUAUCUACGAGAUCUUUGUCGAUGCUACGGAGGACGUCCUCAACCGCACCCAUGCUGCUAUCCAGAAUGGCGCCCGGGACGAGUCUUUCCUCGUCGAGGCUUUUAACGAGGGCUACUGCUCUGAUGCUAUCAUUACCCACUUCCGAAUCUUGACUAGUGCCUGGAUGAAGCUCAACCCGAGCCGGUACCAGGCUUUCCUACCCAUGUCACUCAAUCAGUACUGCAGCUCGCGGAUAGACCCGGUUAAGACCGAAAUCGACGAAGUUGGCCUGCAGGCACUGAUCGACGGUGUAAUCGAAGGCUCCGGAUUUGGAGUCGAAAUCCUUUACCUCGACCGAAGUGAAGGCGACGUCGUGACACCCCACCAACUGUCCUCUCAUAAUCCCAGUGGUGCAACAAUCCGCCUCCUAUACCGACCCGGCCAUUAUGAUAUCCUUUACCCGGUCGAAACUUUGAAUAUGGCACCCAUAGUCAACCUCCAAUACGGGAUGACGUCCGACUACUCCUCCUGGGACCAGGCUGCUCUCGGAUUCGACGUCAAUCCCAGCUUAAUGGCCAUUCCCAACCUGAUGCAGGACGCAUCUUUCGGGAUGGGUGGUCCCAUGUCUCCAAUGCCUUCUGUCUCGCCAACUCCCGCCAGUCCAUUCCGCAUGUCCCCGCAACAAGACAUGUAUCAAUCGCCUAUGCCAACCCACGCGCCCAUCCCGUCGGUUCCUGUCUCCCCUGCUCCACAUAUGGCGCCACCGUCCUCCGCCCCGCCACCGAUGACUUCAUUGCCCAGUCGAACGUCAGACGGCCCGCAGAUCCGCCUGAACCCGUUGGUGAUGAAGCCGAAUCUCAGCCGAUCGUUGCCAGUCACGCCACCUUUCAAAAAUUCCCCGUACAACCAAGCCCAUUUCCAGAAUUCCGACUUUGAACCGAUCCAUUGGGAACCGCAUGAACGACGAUAA